UAAUGAUACUAAUUGAUGAUAAUAUACAUGAAUAUGUGUAUUGGUGUAGGUUGAUGCUCUUGAUGGUGUUUCUGCUAAUAAUAGUCUAUCAGAGGAAGAUAAGAUGAGGAGAGAGCUUGAGGAUCAAGCUGCCAGAGUGCAAGACCUUGAAGAAAUGAUUGGUAUAGUGGAAAAAAACAAGCGAGAAGUUGAACAACAUUUGGCAGUAGAGAUUAAAGACAAAGAUGAAGAAAUUCAAAAGCUACAGGGACAAGUACAAAAUAAUGCUUUACUAUCAGCAGAGCUGAGGAAGUUACUUGAAAAAAAUGAAAAACAAUUGGCUGAUCUAAAGAAAAAUGUUGAGGAGUUAGAAGAUGUUCUGAAUAAUAAGGUGGCAGAAAUUGAAGAUUUAACUGACGCAUUGACAGAAAAAGAAAGAGAAAUAAUUAGAUUGACAGAAGUUUUAGCAGAAGAGAAGAAACAAACUGUAAGGCAACUAAAGCGACAGCUUGAUGAGCUUCUUAAGAAAAUUAAAACACAAGAAAGACAAAUGAAAGAUUUAGUUGAGAAAAUACAAUUAAAGGAGGCAGAGAAUGCAUUUUAUAAACAAGACUUUGAAUCUGAAAGGACAGACAGGCAAAGAAUACAUGCUAAAUAUGAGGAACUGAAAAUUAAAACUGAAGAAGAAAGACUGCAACAUAAAGCUGAUAAGGAUGCAAUGGCUAAUCUAACUGAGGAGUUGCAAAAACAUGAAGAAUGGAUACAAGUGCUAACAGCACAAGUGAAUGCUUACAGUCGUGAAGUUGAUAGACAAAAAGGAAUAGUAACUCAGAGUCAAGAGAAACACAAAACUGAGGUCAAUGAAUUAGUUGAGAGGCUUGCUAGUGGAACGAAGUCUAAGGAACAACUGGAUAAUGAGCUGACUAGGAUGAGACAACAGUUAGAUAAUGUAUCUGCUGAUAAAGAAGAAUUACUGAGGGCAUAUCAUCAGGAACGAGCAAAACUAGAAGACCAAAUAGACAAAUUAAAGAAAGCUAACAUAGUUCUAAAGGAUAAACUCCUGGCAUCAAUUAAGUCGCCAUCAGAGCUAAGCAGAUUACAUGAAGUUGAAAGGCAGCUGUCAUCAAAGCAGGAAGAAGUUAUAUCUCUUCAAAAAAUACUCUCAGGGUUCCAAAACACAUGGGAAUUGAGUCAUAGAGAAGUGUCUUUGUUAGAAGAGCUAGGUAGAGGAGGAUAUGGUGUGGUAUGGGUUGGCCAAUUAAGAGUUGCUGUCAAGAAGUUACACGAAUGGAUAGUGAGCCAACAUAAUAUGGAAACGUUUCAUCAUGAAAUUAAUAUAAUGUCUCAGUUACGUCAUCCUAACCUCCUCCAGUUUAUUGGAGCUGUAUUAGACCAUCCAUCAGGCUGCCCCAUGAUUGUCACUGAAGUAAUGGAUACCUCAUUACGUAAAGCUUAUGAGAACAAGGAACUGACCCCUGACCCAGGCUGUAGACCAGUGAUUCUCUCUAUAAUGUGUGAUGUAGCUGAAGGUUUAAACUACCUACACUGUCUACCUGAUCCUAUUAUUCAUCGUGAUGUCAGCAGUGCUAAUGUACUCCUUCAAUCAAUUGCUGGCCCCAGAAAAUGGAAAGGAAAGAUAUCUGAUUUUGGAUCUGCUAAACUUGCGAAAAAGGCAAUCACUGAAGGACCAGGAGCAUUUGCCUAUAGUGCACCUGAAGCCUUUCAAAAUAUGGCAAAUCCAGAUCCUACUAAGAAGCAAACUACAAAGAUGGAUGUAUUCAGCUAUGGUGUUCUACUUUGCGAAAUAAUAAUUUGCCGUUUUCCAGACAACAUAGAUAUUUUUCAAGACAUGCUUCAUCAAGUGCACAGCAUUAGUGACAGACCAAGUGGUACUAGAGAUACACAAGGUUCUCUUCUCCAUUCUCUCAUUGUUUCAUGCUGUCAUGAUGAUCCUUCCAGACGCCCAACAAUGAAA